UUGCGAUUCCCAAAUUAUUUCCCAGAUUUUUCCGGAUACCUGCUUUUUUGGUUUAUGAGAAGUAAACACGCCUGUAAAUAACCCCAUGAAAGAUUUAUUAUUUUGAGUUUAUUGACUGUUUUGCAUUUUCCAUAUUGAUUUUGAUGUAUGCCUUUUAUAUUCUGUUGUUUGAAUAAUGUAUAGACGUUUUAACCUACUUCCGCUUUAUAGAUAAAUCGGACUACUAUUUUGAAAGGUUAAACGGAAGCGCGCUCCAAAUGCCGAGAAGAUCCACUACGUCAUCAGAGAGAGACACGGUUUACACACGCGACAGCGGCGCACUGUUUGUCGCAUAAAUAAAAGUUAUCAGAGUGUAUAUUACCGGACAUUACAGCGUCACAUAUCUGUUCUCUGUCCGCUGCACUCCUGAGCCAGAGGGACCAACUGCCGGCGAACAUCCGGGUCUUCUGGGGUCAGAGGUCACGGACGUCCGACCCCUGUUGGAGCUCGUUUAGUCGGCGGUCUAAUGUGCCAGGUGGACGAAGACUACCACGAGCCGCUGCAGCGCGCGCAGGUGCCCGGUGUUUCCAAGAAAUGUGUGAAAUGCAAAGAGGCGACUGCCGCCGUGGUCAUCAGAGCGGGAGAUGCCUUCUGCAGGAGCUGCUUCAAGGAAUACUUCAUCCAUAAGUUCAGAGCCAUGCUGGGCAAAAACCGAGUCCUUUUCCCUGGAGAGAAGGUGCUGCUGGCUGUGUCCGGAGGUCCUUCUUCCUGCUCCAUGCUCGGUCAAGUCCAAGAGGGGUUGAGGCAGAAUGCUCACAAGAAGUUGAGAUUCUCACCUGGCAUUGUCUUCAUUGACGAGGGCGGUGCUGUCGGUCAGUCUUUGGAGGACAGACGGAGGACGGCGGCUGAGCUGCGGGCUGUGUUCAAAGCGACAGGCUUCCCCUUCCUCGUGGUGCCUCUGGAACAGGUUCUGGACCUUCCCAGUUCAGUCGUGGUGGCGGCGGCGGCCCCGGCGCCUUCGGAGCGAACAGUCGGCGUCUACAAAAAAGCUGUGGGCCACUUCAUUCAGAGUGACGGCGUGGAGAGCCAGACGCCGCCGGAGUGGGAAGAGGCCCCUGCGGCCGAUGUGCCGGAGUCCCGCACGCAACUCCUGCAGCAGCUGAUCGGCUCCGCGAAGACGCUGACAGCCAGAGAAGACCUGCUCAACACACUCAGGCAGCACCUGCUGGUGCACACGGCGCGCACAGAAGGCUACAGCAAGGUGAUGCUGGGAGACAGCUGCACCCGGCUGGCCGUCAAACUGCUCACCAGUAUAUCGCUGGGCCGAGGAGCGCAGCUGGCCCAGGACACGGGUUUCUCAGACUCCAGGUACGGGGACGUCGUACUGGUGAGACCGAUGAGGGACUACUCGGCUAAAGAGAUAGCGUACUACAACCGCAUGUUCAGCGUGCCCUCUGUGUUCAUACCAGGCCUGGACACAAAGACGAGCAACAAGUCCAGCAUCCAGCGUCUGACCGAGAGCUUCGUCAUCAAGCUGCAGGCGGACUUCCCCUCCACCGUCAGCGCCAUCUACAGGACCAGCGAGAAGCUGCAGGCGCCGUGUACGGGCGCCUCCGCGGCCGACCGCUGCCUGCUCUGCAUGUGCGUCCUGGACACGGCCGCCGAGAACGCUUCGGCCUUCAAGGCCACGCUGAUCUCAGAGCAGCUCUCGCAGAAUAAAUCUCCAGGAGCUGCCGGUGCUGCGAUCCCGAGACCAAACCCAGCUCCGCUGGAGCCCGACUCGCCCGCUGCUCCCGGGCAGCGCUGCUCCUCUGGCGGAGGAGAGGAUUGUGGGAAAGCAGCCAGCGGUGUGGGCUGCUGUUCGUCUGCCAGUUCCAGGGAGCCAGAGAGCGGCGACCUGAGGAGGCUGCUGUGUUACAGCUGCCAGCUGACCAUCAGAGACAUGUCGUCGGUGGAACGUCUCCCGCUCUACAUCCUGUCCGAGGCGCAGAGGAGGUCUCACAUGAGAGAGGAGAUCGGGGAGUUCCUGCUGGAUGAAGAUGACGAAGGCGAUCAGAGGAGGAAGUGAAGCUGCAACGGUCCACCGACAAAUAUAUGAAUCUAUGCGUCCGGAAGGCUGGGUUUUGUUUUGUCCUCCUUCAAAUAUACACUCAAACGCAACACACACACACACACACACACACACACACACACACACACACACACACACACACACACAGAUGUAUUAGAUAGUUUAAAGACAGAACAUAAUAAAACUUCUAUUUUUACUGCUC